AUGCCUGGCGAAGUCAUUGACAAGCCGAAUCCGAAGGCAUUGCCUUCCCAUCUACCUGAAUCCCUAGAUGAUCUUACCGUUCAAUUGAGUGCAGGCUCCUUGAGCAAGUAUGCCAUCGAUUCUUUGGCCAAGUUUCGUCGAGCUGCGAACUAUAUUGCGGCAGGUAAAGUCGGGCCCAAAACAGUCAUAUACUUUUUUAUUGGGUCUAAUCAUAUCCAAGCAAUGAUAUUUCUUCGUGACAAUGCCUACUUGACCCGCAAACUUACGUCCGAUGAUAUCAAACCCCGACUAUUGGGUCAUUGGGGAACCUGCCCUGGUCUAAUAUUUAUCUAUUCUCACCUCAAUUACCUUAUAUCCGAGUAUAGUCUUGAUAUGCUGGCUGUUAUUGGCCCCGGUCAUGGAGCCCCUGCAAUUCUCGCAUGUCUUUGGAUAGAAGGCUCUUUAGAAAAGUUUUAUCAUAUCUAUUCUCGGAAUACCAGCGGUCUAACAAAGCUGAUCACAACCUUCAGUACCACCGGAGGAUUCCCAAGCCACAUCAAUGCGGAAACGCCUGGGGCAAUACAUGAAGGUGGGGAGCUUGGGUACUCUCUAGCCGUUUCAUUUGGGGCGAUAAUGGAUAAGCCGGAUUUGAUUGUUGCCUGUAUUGUAGGUGACGGAGAGGCAGAGAGCGGCCCUUGCGCUGCGAGUUGGCAUUCUUAUAAAUAUAUUGACCCUGCAGAGUCUGGCGCCGUAAUACCUAUUCUUCACCUCAAUGGCUUUAAAAUCAGUGAGCGUACAAUAUUUGGAUGCAUGGAUGAUCGAGAACUGCUAGCAUUGUUCUCCGGGUACGGGUACGAGCCAGUCAUCGUUGAUAACCUAGAUAAUAUUGAUGCGGAUUUCAAUCGCACCCUGAAUUGGGCCUUAGCGUGUAUCCGUAUGAUUCAAAAAGCUGCUCGGUCAGGCAACCCAAUCACUAAGCCGCGAUGGCCAAUGAUAAUUUUACGAACACCAAAAGGCUGGACGGGACCGAAGAAGAUUCAUGGCGAAAUUGUUGAGGGCUCAUUUCAUGCGCAUCAGGUUCCGCUCCCAGCAGCAAAAACUAACGACGAAGAGUUAAAUGCAUUGGAAGACUGGCUUUCAUCUUAUCAUCCCAGCGAAUUGUUUAAGGAAGAUGGGGAUGUGAUUGAUGAAAUAAAGUUCAUUCUCCCAAGGGACGAUUCAAUGAGGAUGGGACAGCGACCAAUAACGUAUCAAGGCUCAGAACAGGUCAAUAUACCUGACUGGAAACAAUUUUCUGUUGAAAAAUACUCGCAUCAAAGCUCCAUGGGCACUAUUGGCCAUCUCAUAGAUCGGCUAUUUGUCCAAAACCCGCACGGUGUUCGGCUGUUUUCCCCCGACGAGCUAGAAAGCAACAAGUUGAACCAAGCUCUUGCCCAUACUACUAGAAACUUUCAAUGGGACCAGUUUUCAAACGCUAACGGUGGACGAGUGAUAGAAGUACUUAGCGAGCACAUGUGCCAAGGUUUUCUUCAGGGAUAUACUUUGACUGGGAGACUUGGAAUUUUCCCCUCAUACGAAAGCUUUCUUGGGAUUAUUCAUACGAUGAUGGUUCAAUAUGCUAAAUUUAAUAAAAUAGCCAGAGAAACAACAUGGCAUCGAGAUCUAUAUAGUCUUAACUACAUUGAGUCCAGCACUUGGGCUCGCCAGGAGCAUAACGGAUUUUCUCACCAAAACCCAUCAUUUAUCGGAGCAGUAUUGAAUUUGAAGCCGGAUUUCGCCCGAGUAUACCUCCCACCAGACGCGAAUACAUUCCUUUCUACUCUGGCACAUUGCCUAAGAACGAAAAAUUAUAUUAAUCUCAUGAUUGGAUCUAAACAACCAAGCCCUGUCUACCUAAGCGCUGAGGAAGCAGAUGCUCACUGUCGAGCUGGUGGGUCAGUAUGGAAAUUUGCCAGUACAGAUGAAGGCCUAGACCCGGACGUCGUGAUUGUUGGCAUAGGUACGGAGCUGACGUUUGAGGUUGUCCAAGCUGCUGCCAUCUUAAGAAAGCGUGUUCCAGAGUUACGUGUUCGCAUGGUUAAUGUGACGGACUUGAUGAUACUUGGAGUAGCAAGUAGACAUCCACAUGCCCUUUCUGACGAAGCCUUUGACGCCAUUUUCACGGCCGACUUACCGGUGCAUUUCAACUACCAUGGUUACGAAACCGAGUUGAAGGGGUUGCUAUUUGGAAGACCAAAACUUCAUCGCGUGACCAUUGGCUCAUAUAAGGAAGAAGGAAGUACGACAACACCAUUUAACAUGAUGCUUGUCAACGGAGUUUCACGAUUUCAUGUUGCUAAAGCCGCCCUCAGGGGUGGCGCUGGGCGGAACGAGAGAGUCAGAAUACGACUGCAAGAGCUUCUGACUGCUUUAGAUCAUGAGAUCCACGCAACGUCUCAGUAUAUUCUUGAAACCCAACAAGACCCGGAGGAUACAUAUGACAUGCCAAAGUUUGAUUGA